AUGCGUUUUCAGCCUCAGGUUACAGCUCUUGUCUUUGGGACGCUUGUAACAUCCAUCCUCGUAGAACCAAACGUUGGGUGCAGCAUCAGCCAAUAUAUCAACGUGCCUACCACUAGUGGCCUUAUUACCGGACAUGUUCCACCGAACUCAGACUGUGUUGUCGAAUUCUUGGGCAUCCCCUAUGCACAGCCACCAGUCAGUCAGUUACGAUUUGAAGCUCCCGUCAAGCUCAACGCCAGUUCAAACCCUUUAAUAGCUUCAAAGUAUGCGGCAGACUGUCCUCAUCCAAGAAACAUAAACCUUUCCGGCUACCCUGGUUUCACUCCACAGGACCCAAAGUGUGUUGCAGAUUUCUUGGUCGAUGAUGCUUCCAAGCCCGUCUUAGUCUUCUUCUUUGGCAGAGGAUUCAAUUUUGGAGGCACUGACACCCCGUUCUACAACGGUAAAUACUUUGCAGACGCUCAGGAUGUCGUUGUUGUUACGGUGAACUACCGAAUUGACGUCUUUGGCUUCCCUGGCGCCCUAGGCCAGCCUGCUAACCUUGGCCUUCGCGAUCAGCGCGUUGGUGUUGAAUGGGUUCGCGAUAAUAUUGCCGCGUUUGGUGGUAAUCCUGAGAAGAUCACUAUCUUUGGACAGUCUGUUGGGGGUGAGGCAGUCAACUUUUGGGCCUACGCUUAUGAGCAAGAUACUAUUGUCAGUGGCAUCAUCGCUCACUCUGGCAACGCUUUCAGUUUUCCUUUUAACACUGCCGCUACCGUUGAGAAUAAUUGGAAUACCAUUGUCGCAGGAGUGAACUGUACAAGUGAAGAAGAUCAAUUAGCUUGCGUCCGACAAGUCGAUUGGCAAAACAUCCUGGCGAUUUCGGAAACAAUCAGACCUCUUCCAAGCGACAACUUCUUGAGAUCCAUCUCCCAUUUUGAUCCCUUCCCCGAUGAUGAGGUUGUCUUCUCUGACUACAUCAACCGAACCACUGCCGGUCACUUUGCCAAGGUACCUAUCAUGCUUGGAAAUACGAACAACGAAGACGGCUUCUAUCGUCUCGUUCCAUUUGCCCAAAUAUGUCUUCUACCGACCUCUCAAGAUGUGACGCAGUUUCUUCUCGAAUCCUUUACGUGCCCAGUAACCUUUCAAGCUGCCGCUCGUCGCAACCAUGGGGUUCCAGCAUGGACCUUUCGAUAUAUGGCGGAUUGGGAUAAUACUCGUCUAUACAGCACGAACGACAGCACGAGUGGAGCUUACCACAUGGUCGAUUUACAUAUGAUAUUCGGGGCUUCGGAAGAUGUUACCGGACCUCCAACGACAACAGACCAAAGAAACCUGACAUACAUUAUGCAAAAGGCCUGGGCCUCUUUCGCUAACGAUCCUGUCGACGGCCUUGCCAGACUGGGAUGGCCACAGUUUGAUCAGAAUGAGAAUUCGUACUUCUUGCUUGGAAAAAACAACAUCCCUUCAGCCGAAUUCGUGGCCCCCUCGGAAUGGAACUCCCCGUGUUCCACUGUUACCUUUGGUCUUUUCGGAACGUCUGCACCAACGCCUUCCCCUUGA